AUCAUGGCCUCUGUAGUGGAGCUGAUUGCUGGCAGCUACGAGCAAGUCGCUUUUGGCUACCGUGUGCAAACUGACGAAAAGGAGUGGACCGCCAAGGCAGACUUCACACACCAUGCACACACUGCAUCCGUCUCAGCGGUGGCGGCCAAUGAGAGAUUUGUUGUCACCGGCAGCAAAGACGAAACCAUCCAGCUGUACGACAUGAAGAAGAAACUGGAACAUGGCGCUUUGCUGUAUCACGAAGGCUCCAUCACCUGCCUGGAAUUCUACGGACCAACAUAUUUACUGAGUGGAGGGGAGGAUGGACUGAUGUGUGUGUGGAGCACAAAGAAGUGGGAGUGCCUCAAGUCCAUCAAAGCUCACAAAGGCCACGUCACGUCGCUUUCAGUGCAUCCGUCUGGGAAGCUUGCGCUGUCAGUGGGCACAGAUAAGACCCUCAGAACAUGGAAUCUAUUGACUGGAAGAUCCGCCUUCAUCAAGAACAUAAAACACAAUGCACACAUUGUACGCUGGUCACCAGACGGAGGCAAAUAUGUCGUAGUCAUCAACGACCAGCUGGAUCUUUACAACCUGGACACGGCCACGGUGACCAAGACGCUCAAGAACCCCAAGAGGAUCUCAUCGAUCAAGUUCUUAAGCAAUGCAAUCCUGGCAGUUGCAGGCGAUGAUGAAAUAGUGAGACUGUGUGAUGUUGACGAGGAAGAAUGGGUGUGCGAGUUCAAGGCUCAUGAAACCAGGGUGAAAGCGGUGGAGGGCUUCAACAUGGACGACCACUGCGUAAUGGUCACGGCUUCCAACGACGGAUUCAUCAAAAUGUGGAAGGUGCAUAUGAAUGAGGAGCUGGAAUGUCCCACCCUCCUGGGGGAAGUGAACACCACGGCCAGGCUGACUUGUUUGGCCGUGUGGAAACCUUCAUGGGCGCAGCAGAGCACAGAAGAACGCUCCAAGGCAACUACAUGUAAAGAAGUUGCUCAGGAGCUCCUGAAGACCAGGAGAGUCCGCAUUGCUACAGAGGAAGUUGUUCUGGAAGAUGAAAGCAAGCCCAGAAAGAUAAAGGUCGGUGGAAAACGGCAAAAAACAAAAUAAAAAGUAUUAUUGGGGAGAAAAAAAAAAAGAUUUCUGGUCUCGUUUGGUUGGUGUGCCCCUCUUUUGCAAGGACAUGCUUUUUACACACAAGUAGACUAACACCAACCUACAUCAAAUAAAGCAUCUACUCUCAGGCUGAAAGUGUCCAAACAUGCUCACCUGUUGUGUACAAUUUCUCUGACAAAUACAGUACACCACAUGGUGGCACUGUCAUUAAACUCCUAAAGUCGGGUGGAUCUGAAAUUUCUCAAACAUGAACACAAAAACACCUGCUGUAACUCUAGGGCGUUUUGCAAAGUCAGUGCCAAAUUUGGUAUGCACUUUUAGGGGACUGACGAGCACAUCUACGCAGUACUAUAGUGAUGGUAAACGCCGUUACUUUUACUGACUCCACUUUUUAGGAGUCACUCACUGAAGUGAAUUGCGUACUCGAUUCACUUGAGUCAGUCACAGAGCACAUGCACAAAAAAACCCUGCAGACUCAUUGAGUGGGUGGGCUGUUUGGAUGUGGCAGCAUGGAAAAUGUAAAAAUACAUAUUAAUGAAGAAUGAAAGGUAUAAAUGAACAUUUAGGGUUACUUUUAUCUUCAUUGGAGAUGUGAUUCUUGACAUGACUGUCCCCAAAGACAUGUGGCAGCGAGAUCAACCACCACCUUCCUGUUUUGACUUGUUUCUUGAAUUCAAUCGUGUUUCUCACCUCAAUACUAUAACCCAAAAUUCUUCAGUGAAGGUAAAAGUAAGCUUAAAUGUUUAUCCCUUUUCAUAAGCAUUUAGAAUUGGUUUGGUUUAAUUUUAUUUGAACAUGCAUACAAGUUACAAUGGAAUAUAUCACAAUUCAAUUUACAGUUCCACAUGUCCAAAAGGAGUAGGAAGAAGCAAAGUUUAUUUAAUCCUAUACCCCCCAUCCACAUCUUGUGCAGUACAUAUUAUUCACUUCCUGUAUUUCAUGUAAUAUUAUUCCAUAUAAUAAUAAUCAGUAUAAUAAUAAAUAAAUAAUAAUAACAAGCAUGAAAGAACAGUAAAUAUAAUAAUCAAUAUAAUAAAUAAGAUGAAGGCAAGCAUAAUAAAGCAAGUUCAAGACUCUUCUGCCUUAUACAGUAUUUAGCAAACAUCAACUGCUUGUAUUGUUUUUGGAAUUUGCUCAUCUUGGUACAUUGUUAGAGUUCCUUACACAAUCCGUUCCACAAUUUAAUUCCUCAUACUGAAAUGCUGUGGGUGUUCAGCGUUGUUCUCGCAUAUAUGUGUUUUAAGUUUCAUUUUCCUCUAAGAUAUUUCUCUUUUAUAGAGAAAUACUGUAUGAUGUUUUUGGGUAACAAGUUAUUGUUAACGUUAUGCAUUGUCUUAGCAGUUUGAAAAUGUACUAAAUCAGCACAUUUUAAUAUGUGUGAUUUAAAAAAAUAAAGGGUUAGUAUGUUCUCUAUAUGCGGCAUUAUGAAUUAUCCUCACCGAUCUUUUUUGCAGUACAGUGAGUGAGUGAAGAUUGCUUUUAUAAUUAUUACCCAUAUCUCCACACAAUACAUUAAAUAUGGUAAUACCAGAGAACAGUAAAGAGUGUAGAGUGAUUUUUGAUCAAGAAACAAAUUUAGCUUUAUUCAAUAUUGAAAUAUUUCUCGCCACCUUUUGUUGUAUAUUUUUGAUAUGAGAUUUCCGACUCAUUUUUUCGUCUAUUAUAAUCCCCAGAAAUUAAUUUUCUUUCACUCUUUCAAUAUCCACUCUGUCUAUUUGUAUUUGAGCGUAGGUGUCCUUUCCAAAUAGCAUUAUUUUAGUUCAAGGUUAAUCUGUUUUUAUGAAACUAUGUCUUUAAUAUGACCAUUUCAGCCUUGACCUUUUUUAGAAUUUAUCCAUAAAUUAGCCGCACCUCUGUAUAAGCCACAGGGUUCAAACUUUGAGGAAAAAAUAGCGGCUUAUACAGCGGAAAUUACGGUAAGAUUGAUUAAAUGUACAAUUAGUACAGCUUCUGCUGGGAUAUUAACACGGCUGUAGCUGUUCCACUCAGAUUUGAAACAAAACACUCACCGAGUGACAGUGUGAACACCGAUGUAGGAUUACAAGGUUUAUAGUGUGCAUAAAGCACUAAAUAUGCGCUUCCAAUCCUGCCUGGCACAUUGCCACUUCCAUAUUAUGUGUAUUAUUCACAGUAGCCAUGCCAUAGCUCACAGUCUGGUUGAUUGGCUUCUGGAUGACCUGUUCACUCAAAACAACUUUUCUCUAAACGAUAAAUAUUUGCACAUUUGAAUCUCGCGAGAACUCGUGACACCCCUAAUUAAUAGCAAAAACAUUUGUCUCAAGAUUAAACUGCAAAAGUUUAAUAAUAACUAUGCACAAAAUAUUUACCGUAAAGUAAAGUUGACUUUUAAAUGAAGCCUCUUUAGGACAGCUGAGCGGUAGGCACCCGGCUUUAUCCAGCGUCCAAGCCGUAGAUGCUCGCCCUUGGCGAGUCAGGUCGUGUUUCGAGUCCGUAAGCUGUAGAUGCGCUGCGUUUGCGAGUUGCACAAUGAAUGACAUGCUACCUUGUUUCCUUUUUUAAUUCAGCUGGCGGCAGCACGGGUAAGUGAACAAGUUAACAGAGACUAAUACCUGUCUCGGUUCAGUAAAGACAACAACUUUGAAAUGAGAAAGAAUGAGAAAAUCAUAUCUAUGCUCUUACUUGAGCCAUGGUUACGAUGUACAAUUUAAAAAGGCAGUGUCUGUGCGGACCACGGAUAUGACUCCUGCAGUAUAUGCACUGUGUGUACAAUUACUAGGCAGUUUAUUGAUUAUUAGUUUUAUUAUUUAACAAUAA